UUCACACGAUAAUUUAUUCGAUUAAUUUCACACGAUAGACCUUCUGUUUAACCGAUAACGAACCUAAUCGAACAUUUGGCAUGCGCAGAAAUUCCCAUAGCAACGAAUACUGACAAACAAAUAUCCUACUAGUUUUGUGUUCUAUUUUUCACCGAAUCAAACGCAUAAAAGAUUAUUUAAAACCAAUGAAUUUCGAUCGUUUUACCUUGGUCUCAAACGGGAUUGUAGAAUUCGAAUCUACAUGGCGAACCGGAGAAACCGCAGCUCUAACCGAUUCAUCUACUGGUACAGAUCCACCCGCACCGAAGCACGACGCAGAAACGGUUGUUAUCGAACAGAAAAACAUCGCGACGCAAACGGAACCACCAACCCAACAUUCGGCCUCGUGUGACGAUACGAAACUUUCCAACUGGUUACAGAAAGUAUACCCAUUAGUUGAGGAGGAGUUGUCCUACGGUAUCACAGAGGUAUACGAUGUCAACGAUAACUUCGGUGAAACAGAAAUUGAAAAGCCUGUUAUCCGAAAACAUCAACAGUUGACGUUGAAAAAGCUGCACAUGGAGCUGGACUGGGGUCAUCGAUUCAGUACGGGGUCUGCCACGUGGCUUUCCGUGCUGACGCGAGAUGCUCCACUGUUGGUAGUGUCAUGCAGGCCGCAGCACGAAGCGUGGUGUGAGCACACGUUCGCCUCGAUCACAGUGUUUACUCCGAAGCGGGAUUCAUACAACUCGGUUCAAUGGGUCGAGCUGUGUAGCAAUCCAGUGAAAGCAUGCGUGGAAACUUUAGUAACAAAUCCCUUCAACAAAGAUAUGUUCGCUGGGGGAACCGUUUCCGGAGAUGUGUACAUUUGGCUUCAUGAAUUAAACAUAAAACAUGAGCAGAACUCUUUAACCGAAAUUUUCUCCGAAACAACCGAUUACGGAAAGGUAGUUGAUAUGGCAUGGAUAAAGCCAUAUCCAGUUUCUGAAGACUGCGGUCUAUUGUCAUGUCACAAUGAUGGAAUCGUGAUACUGUGGAAAGUUGGAAAGCAUAUUGUGAAAGAUAAAACGUUUCAAAAUCCUUCCCCCUCAACAUCCCGUAAAGCUUUGCUGCUAACUAAAAUCCUGGCAAUUUCAAAUUCAGCAUUUGUGAUCGGUACAGAUGAUGGCAGUAUUCGGAUUUGUGGGAUCACUCAGUUGAUCCCUACAAGAGUUGCUGAUACUUCAACGUCUAGCAAAAACAGUUGCUUUACACCAACCAUAACGGAGCUUAAAUCGCACUCCUUUGCAGUAACAACACUACAAAAAAUAGAAACCCCGAAACAAAAAUUUCUAAUAAGCUGUGAUCUCACUGGUGAAGUAUUUUUCCACGAUACUUCGGACAGUACGAGCACAACCCCUUCGUUGAUCAUCAAAAUGUCCUUACCGUUCAAAAAUCGCAUUUUCUGCACAGAUGAUAUGCGCUUCAUUCUGAGCCCUAGCAAUAAUGGUACACUGGAAGUGUACAACAUCGAUGAUGGCUCACGGGAAGUUGUCGAAGGCAAUGAGUUCGAAGGAAAGCCCAGCUUUAUCAAAACCAGUUCGAACGGGAAAUGGAUCGUUACGGGUUUGUAUGACGGAGGACUCACGAUUUAUUCGAUGGAAAAAGACGAUUAGGAAAAAAUAUAUGCAUGGAAUAAGAUUGUUUCAUUUGCUUCAUGAAUCAGGUUCUUAAAUCGUUGGUGGUAUAAAAUCACAGCUACCAAUCCU